AUACCACUGACCCGCGGUCAGCUGAUAAACUAUUAUAGCAUAAUAAACAAACAGCCAGUCGGCCGUCGAAACUUGUGCGUUACGGACUGGGUUCAAAAAUGAGAAUCAUCUUCAUACUCUCAAUACUUACCUCUUCCAUCAUCGCAAAAACUUCAAAAUGCCACAGCUGUUUCAUGGGCGUAUGCUACCAAAGGACGAAAAUCUUCGGCGGCAGAGAAGCGACAUCUACCGGCGAUACUUACCAAAUAACUGGACAACUCGCUGUAGAUAGAAAUAAGGAUAGAAACAUCUUAUAUUUCCAUUACGUUAAGAAUAAUAUAGACUACACAGGAGCUUAUGAUUUAAACAAUGAUAUAAGCUACACUAUGGGUAAUAUCUCUUUUUCGUUUGCACGCGCGGUCGCUCCAAAUGGUGAUGUAUUUAUGUCUGGACCUAAAGGUAUAUACAAAUAUAACGCAGCAUCUAAUACUACAAUAUUACAUGGACUAAAAGAUUCUACAAUAUGGCAUAUGCAAUAUAAGGAUAAAUUAUACUACAACAUUCAUUCAGAACCUGGAUUAAAUGUUUUAGAGAAGAAAGCGUUACCAAUUUCAAGUUUAAAAUCUUACAUGAUAGAGGAUUUUGUAUUAGAUAAAUAUGGAGACAUAUAUUUCUUAGCGAAUACAACUAUAUAUAGAUUAAAGCAUGAUUCUAAAGAAGUUAAAGAUAUAGUAGAUCAAAUAUAUCUUUUAACUACAGAUAGAAAUGGUAACGUAUACUUCGCGCAUACAGCGACAUCUGGUAUUUAUAAAAUAGAUUAUUCAAUAGAUAGGAUUGUAAGUGUGGGAGCGUUUGGGGGUAAUGGAGGUACGCCAUUAAAGUUUGUGUUUGACAAUUUGAAUAAUGUUGUAUAUUUAGAUGAAGAUCAGGCGUUGUAUUUUCUAAGACCGACGUAUAGAGGAUGUAAAGUGUCUUCGAAUGUGACAGGUAAGGGACGAAUGUUGAGUGUUUAUGCUACUGAUGUGUGGGUAGCCUCGUAAGACUAAAAGUUAUAAUAUUGUACAUAGUUUUAAUAAAUUAUUUUAUUAUUUA